GUUAAUGCAACAAAACAUAUAGUACUGCUACUACUUUAGAAAGUACAAAAAAAAAACUCAGUUUAUCCACAGAAACUAAAGUGCACUCUUUUUCUUCAACUCUUCUGAACUUGUUCUUCAGCUUCAUGUUUCCUCAAUUUCCCCUCUAAUCUUCAACAUCAUCAUCAAUGACAAUGUCUUCACCUAACAUAACAAACAUAACAUGACACUAUAACAUUAUUACCUUAUCUUUUUCAUCACAAAAAAACACUUCAUUUCCAUGUCUUCCCAUUGUCUCAUUCAUUUCCCUCCAUCUUCAACAUCACCAUUCUUAAACCCCAAAUUCAAAAAAUUCCCAAAACACUCCAAAUUCCAUUCAAUUUCAUCACAAAUUCAAACCCCAGAAACUGAAAAUGAAGAAAAAGACAAAACCCCCAAUAAAAAAAACCUCAAUUUCCUCAAACUCUCUGUAACCCUUACUGUCAUAUCUGCUUCACUUCCUCAAUCUGCCACCGCUGUCGCCACCGUCACGGAAAAAAAACGGACACCCAGAAAAGGUUCGACCAAAAAGGUUGAAGCUUUAACUCCGGAGGAGCUGAAAUCAUGGAUUGAAGGAAUUCCCGUUGUUACAGAACGCAUUCCUUACACAGAAAUCAUUGAAUUGAAGAACUCAGGUAAACUCAAACACAUAGUGAAGUCUAGUGCUGCAGAAUUGAGGGAACAUUCUGUGGCAGUUUUGGUUGUUUUGGAAGAUUCUAGAGUUUUGAGAACAGUGUUGCCAUCAAUUGAAAAUGAUGGAAAAUUUUGGAGUUUAUGGGAUGAGUUAAAGGUUGAUUCUUUGUGUAUGAAUGCAUAUACGCCGCCUGUUAAGAAUCCGGAGAUACCUCUUCCUGUUUUGUAUAGGAUUUGGGUGUCUCUUCCAUUUCACAAGCCUUUGGUUUCGUUCGUAAAUAGGUUUAAGCCGAAGAAGAAAUCGAAGAAAGAAUUGGAGUUGGGGAAAGUUAGGAUGGAGUUGCAGAAGCAGAAGAAAGAGGAAGUGAUGAGGAAGAAGCGGGAGAAGGAGAUGAUAGAGAGGAAUGAGAGAAAUAAGAAGAGAGAAGAGGAGACACGAAAGAGACAGAUGAGGAAGAAAGAUUAUAAGAAAAGAAUGGUUGUAGCUAAGAACACUUCUGUAAUGAGUGCUCAAUUUUGGACUAAAAUGGCAAAGAAUAAAAAUGUGAUUAAUGGACUUGGAGUGGUUUUUUUCUUAAUUUUUUAUAGGACUGUGGUGUAUAGCUAUAAGAAACAAAAGAAGGAUUACGAGGAUAGAGUUAAGAUUCAGAAAGCUGAUGCUGAAGAGAGGAAGAAAAUAAGGGAGAUGGAAUCCGAGAUGGGGUGGACUGAAGCUGGUGCUGAUGAUGAUGAGAGUGAGCCAGGGAAAGGAGAGGAGAAUCCUUAUUUGAGAAUGACAAAGCAGUUUAUGAAAUCGGGGGCGCGAGUUCGAAGAGCACAAAAUAAAAGGCUUCCUCAGUAUCUUGAGAGAGGUGUGGAUGUGAAGUUUACUGAUGUUGCUGGUCUUGGUAAAAUACGCCUUGAACUUGAAGAGAUUGUGAAGUUCUUCACUCAUGGAGAGAUGUACCGAAGGAGAGGAGUGAAAAUCCCAGGUGGCAUACUUCUUUGUGGCCCUCCUGGAGUGGGAAAGACAUUGCUAGCAAAAGCUGUGGCUGGUGAGGCAGGGGUUAAUUUCUUCUCUAUUUCUGCUUCACAGUUUGUGGAAAUAUACGUUGGUGUUGGGGCUUCUCGUGUUCGAUCACUUUACCAAGAAGCCAAGGAAAAUGCUCCAUCUGUUGUCUUCAUUGAUGAGCUGGAUGCUGUUGGAAGGAAGCGUGGCUUGAUUAAAGGUUCAGGUGGACAGGAACGUGAUGCUACUCUUAAUCAGCUGCUGGUGUGCUUAGAUGGAUUUGAAGGAAAGGGAGAGGUGAUUACUAUUGCAUCCACAAACCGACCAGACAUUCUGGAUCCAGCACUUGUAAGGCCUGGUCGGUUUGAUCGGAAAAUAUUUAUCCCCAAACCCGGUGUCAUUGGCCGCAUUGAAAUUCUAAAGGUCCAUGCUCGUAAAAAGCCAGUGGCUGAAGAUAUAGACUAUGAAAUUAUUUCUAGUAUGACUGAUGGAAUGGUUGGGGCGGAGCUAGCCAACAUAGUUGAGGUUGCUGCUAUCAAUAUGAUGCGAGAAUCAAGGACUGAGAUUACUACCGAUGACUUGUUACAAGCUGCUCAAAUGGAAGAGAGAGGAAUGCUAGAUAGAAAGGAGCGAAGCAAAGAGACAUGGGAACAAGUAGCUUUAAAUGAAGUUGCAAUGGCUGUUGCGGCUAUGAACUUGCCUAAUAUUGACGAUAUUGAAUAUAUCACAAUUGCUCCUAGAGCUGGUAGGGAAUUGGGUUAUGUUCGAGCGCAGCUGGAUUCCAUGAAUUUUAACGAUGGAAUGCUCACUCGACAAUCACUCUUUGACCAUAUUACUGUUCAACUAGCACCGCGUGCUGCUGAUGAAAUAUGGUUUGGGAAAGAUAAGUUGAGUACGAUAUGGGCUGAAACUGCCGACAAUGCUAGGGUUGCAGCAAGAAUGUAUAUGCUUGGCGGGCUUUCUGAAAAGCAUCACGGAGUAUCCAAUUUCUGGUUGUCAGACCGAAUUAAUGAAAUUGAUUUGGGAGCAUUGAAGAUUCUAAACUUGUGCUAUGAACGCGCAAAAGAGAUGAUGCAGCAAAAUAGAACACUGAUGGAUGCUAUGGUGAAUGAACUUGUUGAGAAGAAAAGCUUAAUCAAAGAAGACAUUGCUCGUCUUGUACAGUUGCAUGGCCUCAUAAAACCAAAAAUGCCUAUUAGCAUACUAGACAUAAGGGAUGCCAAACGUAGAGAACUACAAGAAGUGAGUAGCAAUGGAAAGGAAACAGAAAAAUCAUAAGGGCAAGUCCCCUCCAAUUUUGGGAAUUUUCUAUUCUUUUUGCAUAUUUGAUGUACCUUUUUGUUGUAUUAUAUUCUUUCUUUACAUACCUUACAAAACCUUUUUAUGGAAUACAGAGAAUUUUAUUAGGUCUUA